ACGCGAAAUUUCUUCCCUCACGAAAAUUCGAUUCCCGGAAACCCUAUUUUCUUCACCAUCGCUGUCAUGGAAGAUAGUUUCAGAGUGCGAGUGGACAGGGUGUUUGGUUCUCUAGCUUCGUCUUCUAAUUCGACUUCGUCCACUGCUGCGUCGUCUCUGAGCUCUCUGUGGUCUCUCACCGACGGUGAGAUUCAGAAGAGAGAAUGGAAUCGAAGCACGGGCAGCCCCGAGCCCGGGCCCGGGCCCGAGCCGGAACCCUACCAGUCGUUCUUCGAUGAUCGAGCAAGAGGGGCUGGGAAACGCCCUUCCAGUUUUCGAGAUGAGCUGGAGAAUGACCUGGAAGACCUUGACGAGGACGAAGAUGUCGAACCGAGGUCUCGUGGGCCUUCGAAGCCGGACGAUUAUGAUGACGAAGAGUGGGAAAUAAAGUCCGCCAUUGGCCGUGAUUGUACUCUGGAUUACGAGGAAGAAGAAGAUCAAUAUGACAAGCAAGCUGUCGGGAAAGAGAACUCUGGUGACCGCUUAUAUAUGAAGGAUAUAAAUGAUGAUGGGGUAGAAAUAAAUUCUUGCAAUGAGCUUCCUGCUACAUUUCGUGACUUUGUGAGAGACCCACGUGCCAAUCACUUGGCCGCCAAAAUUAGGCUGAAGGAGGAUGCUGAAGCAGCUGAAAAAAUUGAUGCAUUGCAAGUCUCUGAGAAAUCUGCGCCUGGGAGUGAUGAUGCACAGGGAAACACAUCUCUAGAUGGCACCAACCCAAAAUCAAUUUUGAAGAGGAAAGAUUUUCCUUCAGAGUCGAAACCCCCAAAACGUGUUCGAUUUGAUUCUCAAUAUGAUGAUAGAAGUAAUGAUGUAUCUGAGGGAGACAGCGACAUCUGUAUGAAGACCUCUUCGGCGCAAAAUGUCACAGCUUUUAAACAGUCAUCAGGCACGGAAGAGUUCAGAUCAGCAGUUCCAGAUUACAUUCGUAACCCCUCAAGAUACACGCAUUAUACUUUUGACACUUCAGGCGACAUGGACGACAAUUCUAAUAAGCAAGCUUAUAUGGAUUUUCUUUCUCAGCUGAAGAGAUCAAAGCCCUCCUCUGAAUCGCAGGCAGAUGAUGGAUUGGAGGAUCUUCCAUCAGUAACAUUUAUAUCAAAGAAGAAAUCAGGAGAUGCCACGAUGGUGGAGACUGAUGCCACGACAAAGCAAAACAUUGAGGGGGCGAAAGAGUUUACGCAUAGAAGAGGCGUGCCACUUAGCAUAGCUGCGGGUGAUACUGAAAAUAAUGAUGUUUGUGCCAUGGAGGAGGAUGAACCAGAAGCAAUAGAUUACGAAAAAGAGCUCUCAAAAAAUGAAUCGCCAGUACAGGAGGAAACCCCUGGAACUGGACGAACCUAUCUAGCAGCAGGAUAAAUGUCAGAGUCAAGAUUGCCGAUUUAUCAUGUCACGCGUCAGCACUUUAACGCGGCAAUGAUGCUGGGCAACCAAGACGGUAGUUCUAUGUACUUGAAUUCUCCACAACGCUUUUAAGGAUCAUAUAUUUUGGAAUAAUGAUGAGAAUACAAUUGCUGUACAUAUUGUUCUUACUAUGGUUUGUCCCGAAUUACCUGUCUCUUUUUAUUAUACUACCAAGAAAUUUACUCUUAAA